CGGCGUCUCUGGAGCGCGCGCGCCAUUGUGUGGCUGAGACCGGGCCUCCGUGUGGGGCCGCCUUUGGCAUCCGGGUGUUUUUUUUCUCUCUCUCUCUCUCCCUCUCUUUCUCCCUCUCUUUUUCUUUCUUUCUCUCUUUCUCUCUCUCUCUCUCUCUUUCUCCCUCCCUCCCUCGUCGACGACGACGACCGGCCCUCCCUCGCCCCGGCCCGCCCCCCACCCUGGAGAUGCCGCGCGUCUACAUCGGGCGCCUCAGCUACCACGUCCGCGAGAAGGACAUCCAGCGUUUCUUUAGCGGCUACGGCCGCCUGCUCGAGGUCGACCUGAAGAACGGGUACGGGUUCGUGGAGUUCGAGGACUCCCGCGACGCGGACGAUGCCGUUUACGAGCUGAACGGCAAAGACCUGUGCGGCGAGCGGGUGAUCGUGGAGCACGCCCGGGGCCCGCGCCGCGACCGGGACGGCUACAGCUACGGCAGCCGGAGUGGUGGAGGUGGUGGUGGAUACAGCAGUCGGCGAACCACCGGAAGAGACAAAUAUGGGCCACCUGUUCGUACUGAGUACAGACUGAUAGUAGAAAAUCUUUCUAGUCGGUGCAGCUGGCAAGAUUUAAAAGAUUUCAUGAGACAAGCUGGCGAAGUGACCUACGCGGAUGCUCACAAAGAGCGCACGAACGAAGGAGUGAUCGAGUUUCGGUCCUACUCUGAUAUGAAACGCGCCCUGGACAAACUGGACGGCACAGAGAUCAACGGCCGAAAGAUCCGGCUUGUAGAGGACAAGCCCCGGACGAGCCACCGGCGAUCUUAUUCCGGAAGCAGGUCCAGGUCUCGAUCUAGGAGACGCUCGCGCAGCAGAAGUCGUAGGAGCAGCCGCAGUAGGUCCCGAAGCGCUUCGAAAAGCCGUUCCCGAUCCAAAUCCAGGUCGCGAAGCAAAGAUCGUUCCCGAUCCCGAUCUAAAAGCAGGAAGUCUAGAUCAAAGAGCAAGUCUAAGCCCAAGUCCGAUCGGGGCUCCCGCUCCCGCAGUAGAUCCAAGGAGAAGUCGAAGUCCCGCAGCAGGUCCAGAUCUGUGUCUCGGUCUCCCAAAGAAAACGGGAAGGGAGAAACAAAGUCAAAAUCAAGAUCGAGGAGCCAGUCCCAUUCCAAUUCGCCGCCGCCACCGCCACCUGCAAAGGCUCGUUCCGAGUCUCCACCCAAAAGAGCUACGACGUCCAGAUCCCGUUCUAGAUCUCGCUCAAAGUCUCGUUCACGGUCAAGAUCUAGUUCGAGAGAUUAAGAAUCUGGAACUCUCCUUUCUUUGCACACUAUUACUGAACAUUUUCCUACUUGCCAGUCUAUUAGUCUUUAAUGUUAGUACUUCAGAUGGUGGUCUCUUCUUCCACAGAAGGGAGCGGCCUGAGAGCAGGCCAAAAAAAAAAAAGUUUGAUUUGUGGUUAAAUUCGAUGAAAAACAUGAGGGUCUAAAGAAAUGGUGGCACAAAAGCAGCGAAGGCAGCCCCCUUUUGUAGAAAUUAAGCUCACUUUGAUUUUAUAGCAUUUCCGUCAGAAUAACUUUUGUAGCAAUUAAGUUGUCUUUGAUUUUAUUGCAUUUAAACAGAAUUAUUAACAUGUUCAGGUGGAAAGCAGGUUGGUUUUGUUUUUUUUGGUUUUGUUUUUUUUUUUUUAUUUUUAAUGGAAACUCUCAUUUCCAGGCUUUAGAUGAGUAAGGCUUCGGAGAGGACCUAAUUUUUCAAAUUGUGGGAUUUUGUUUUUGGUUUUUUUUUGGUUUUUUUUUUUUGGUUUUUUUUUUGUUAAUGGAUGUCAUUAAGUUGUGUAAAGGAUUAAAAUAAAAUGGCUUGCUACCAAGGGCAUGAAGGCCUCAUUGAAAAGGUCGCCGUAGGUGUUCUAAACAUCUGUAUCUGGUAUCUCGUUUGUGGAAAUGGAAUGUGAACUACACAUAUGGUUAGUGUAAAACUAGGCAAAUCUCAAACCAGCAAUAAAUUCUUCAAUUUGGCAUAUCACUACGCUUCUGUGCUGUAAGUCGAUCUUACUUGCCAAAAGUAAAGCCCCUUCUUGCCCCCUUAACUGUAUAACUAUUAAAAACUAAUAAAGGUACUUCUUCGUAGUCUUGCAUGACGCUGCGGUAUUGCCUAAAUCAGUAGCUAACAAGGGACAGACCGUGGAAAUGUCACUUGCAUUUUGCUUGAAUUCCAGGGGUGGCUGACAUUCCCAAUAUUGGGAACAGUCCCCUGGGAUCACCGCUUGAAUGAGGAAGUGGUGGCUGUCAUUCCUGUCUUGUACGGUUUGCUGACCUCUUAAUGUCUAUUGGGUAUUUAAAGUAGUGAAAGUUUGAGGCUGCCUUCCCUCUUACUCAUGAGUUUAACAUCCACUUGUGUUCAAAAUGAAAAGUGUGAAUUCUCGCGUCUUUUUUGGAACCUCCAUGUACUAGAUAGAUAGCUAAGAGUUCUGGUCUUAAACAGAUGGCUUUGCUAAACUAGAGUUGCCAAUUCCGUUUAUACAUCUGUGGAGUAGGACCUCACCCGGCAGCAGCCCCUUUAUAGUUAAAUGGAUUUUAUUUUUUUUUUUUGUAAUAUGCCAUAGAGAACCUUAGAACUUCCUUGUACCCUUUAUACAACGUGUAGUUUGACUGGUAUAAAAUUAAAUCGGUGAAUCCUCAA